CAGGUUAGCUGGGUUAAACAUUUCUGUGACUCACACUCAGUUGCGUGGCCUCACAGCCGCUGAUAUCUUCACUCAUUAAUGUGUGGCAUGGAGGGAGAACACAUGGCAGCAACGCGCCUUGGCUCACUCGCACAAGUUUAUGAAAGCAGAAGAAACCAGACACGCAAACGGAUGCCGACUGGCUCGCUGGCCUCUCUACGGUGUACGUCUGGAUGCCUGGACGUGCGUGUGUGUUUCUGCCAUCUGAAUGAAUCACAGGCCACAGUGAGCGAGAGAAAGACGAAGUAGAAGAGACACAGAGAGUGAACCAGUGGAGGUAGAGUGAGGCGGUGACAAGUGGGCCGGCUCAUUCCAGCAGGUGACUGUUGUUGCUACUGUACAGCCCCUUGGAGAGCCUUUCAACCCAGGUACAGACAGUCCUGCAACUAACUCAGCAUCCCAUUUUCUUUUUACGAGAAGACUCUGGAAAAUGCAUAAACAAUAUAAAUCUGUGAGCCCCACCGAUGACGUCAGUGUGAAGACUGAAAAUGGACCUCAACCUAAGAAAUAUCGCUAUGUACGUAAAGAGGGCAACUGUAACGUUGUGUUCCGUCACGUUCCCGAGGAGUGGCUUCUCUUUGUGACAGACAUCUUCACAACCUUGGUUGAGAUCAGAUGGAGGGUGAUGUUCCUGAUCUUUGCCCUCUCUUACAUUCUGUCUUGGCUCUUCUUUGGCAUCCUCUUCUGGGUCAUUGCUCUCGCUCACGGUGACAUCAAAGACGAAACUAACGACCCAUGUGUGUACGAGGUGCGCAGCUUCACAGCUGCUUUCCUCUUCUCGCUCGAAACUCAAACCACCAUUGGCUACGGCUUCAGAGGAAUGUCAGAGAACUGCAUGAUUGCUAUCAUCAUCGUCACUAUACAAGAUGUCAUCAGCUGCUUCAUCGAUACCUUUGUCAUUGGAAUUGUUGUCGCCAAAAUGGCCUCCGCCAGAAAGAGAGCACAGACGGUGGGCUUCAGCAACUGCGCUGUCAUCAAUUUGCGCGACGGUUACCUGUGUCUUUCCUGGAGAGUCGGGGACUUCCGCAGGCACCACCUGGUGGAAGGGACGGCUUGCGCUCAGAUAGUCCACUCCACGAUGCAUGCCACAGGCAAAGUGGAUGUGACCUAUGAAGACCUGGUCCUCCAGCAGAAGGAAAUCAUCCUGGUCACACCCACCACCAUCUUCCACAGGAUUGAACCUGGCAGCCCACUGUACAAGAUGAGUUUGACAGAUCUGCGUAAAGCAGACUUCGAACUGGUGGUUUCUUUUACCUACACGGAUGACUCCACAGGUAUGCUUCAUCAGACCCGCACCUCAUACACUCCAUCUGAAAUCCUCUGGGGUCAGCUCUUCCAGGAGGUGAUCAGGGUUGGCAGGAGGUUCUACAGGGUGGAUUACACCUUGUUUAAUCACACUGCUAAAGUGCUGGUGCCUGAGAUCAGUGCUGAGGACUACGAACAUAAGAAGCAGCUGCGGCCCUCCCCUCGACAUUCCCCACGACAGUCACCGCGACCUUCACCCAGAUCUUCCCCCCGGCCCUCUCCGAGGUCACAAUGGCAAAAUCACGAAGAAAAACUUUUGAAACCUCCAACAGUAACAGUGGAACUUGUGAGUGACAGCCAAUCUGAACCAACUGUUUCAAUGUCUCAAGCAGAAGGUAAAUAUCAAAACACUCUGACUCUGCCAGAGGACCUCUCAAGUGCAGAGGUAUAAUGAAGAGCCAUGAUGUUUGUAGCAGCCAUUCCAAAGCACAUUAUGCUAAUUUUCCUUUUCAUCAAAGAAACGGAAGAAAGGAAUAUAAAGGAUGCCAUUGAUUCUCAUUUACAGGAAGAACACUGAAAGUGCCUGUGUAUUUUUUUUAGCAUUUAAUUUGUUUAAAGUUAAACUCAACCAAAAAACUGUCUUGAAAGAAUAGAGCCCAUUCAUAGGCUGCAUGUAGGCUACUAAAAGGAUCCUUAGCUGUGAUUUAAAAAACAUUACAGAAUUUUGAAUCUCUUAUCGCAUCUUUUUAGGUAGUUUGUUUGGUGGGAAAUUAAAAUAUUUUAGUCACUCAGCAUCAUAACAAAACCACAGAGUUUCUACUGUGCUGAAAUGUUGUAGGUAUGAAAGAUUCAAUAAGAGAUUCAUUAACUACUGAGCAUAAUAAAUCUGUAUUUUACUAACUUGGACAACUUUAACUUUUUACAGCCACCUUUCAAGCCUACAGGAGAUGAGUAUUUGAUUCACAUAAUAUAUAUGUUAGGUGAGUGUUACUUUUAACUUUUAAAAGCUAUAACAUAGAAAAUAAAACCUCUAAUGUACAGAGGCUCAUUACACAUUAUUAUACAGUUACUGGUUUCAGAUUAAAGUUAUUGUCAGGUGAUAAUACAGAAUUUAAGUAGGUAAACAUUUUUGUUCUUAUACUUUACAUGCAACUCUUGGUGAGAUUGUUUUGUCAGCCGAUGUUUCCAUGGUCCAAGUGAAUUUUCAAUCUCAAUACUUCAGACCAAAUCUCAAAAUGCUCAGAAGAAUGGAAAUCCAAACAUCUACAGUUCCAUGACAGCUGGGCAAAUUGCUGAGGAAAAUCAUAAGAUACAAUAAAAAUCUCCAGAACAGUAAGUAAAUGGACCUUGUGUUGACAUUGCUUUGUCAACUGUUUUUAUAUUCUUUAUAAAGUGUGUAAAGAAAUGAUGUGAGAAGAAAAUACAAUUCGACCAAACUUGAGAGGUUGAAUGUUAAUUAGUUGAGAUGGUCUGUGUUUUAUCCUUCAUGUCUGUGAUUCACUCAGGUUAGAUGUUUAAAUGUAAACUCUGUAGAGAAGUCUCUGCUGAUAGUAAAUAACCAGAAGUAAUAGGGGUGACAACAGUAAUGUCCCUUAUUAUGAGUAAAGUCAAAGCUUAUAUGAAACACAUGGAAAAUGUUAAGUUUCCUUUAUGUUUGUGGUGGUGGAAUUACAUUUAUUUAUUUACCAGAAGUCAAGUUAUUCAAAACCCAGUUCAUCAAACCAUGUCUCACAAAAAUAGGUGAACAUGUCUGUGAUGAAGACUAUUUGUUGUCUUACACAUUUAUAAAGGACAAAUAAUAUUUUGUAUUCUUGAAUAGUUUAUGAAUUCAAGAGAGGGAGGAUCUGUUGCAACAGACUGAACAAAUGUGUUUUUAAUUUUGUUGUUACAGUAUCAUUAAGCAGAUUUUAUAAUAUUAAAACAAUAUUGCUUAUAAGACAAUACCAGUGUCAACCAUUUCAAUAAAGUGACGUUUAAAUA